ACCGCCCCUCCCCGUUGGCACCGGGGCCCUCCCCGGCCGCCAGUGGCGGCGCUCUGGCCCCGAGUCGCCCGCCCCGCUCUAUGGUGUGGUGGGCGGCCACCGCGGGGAUGACGCGGGCGGGCGGGCAGGCGGGAGAGAGGGAGGAGCCCGUGAUGGCCGGUGCCGCCGCUGUCGUCCUGUCCUUCGCUGCCCCACCGGCCACCGCCGACCCACCGCUGACAGCUCCCGGCCGCCGCGCCGCCGCCAUGGCCGAGGAGGAGACCUCCAGCGAAGGGUUAGGAUGGUUAUUCAGCUGGCUUCCUGCCUGGUGUCCCACAUCACUGCUACACCUUAAAGAGGCCGAGAACAAAAUGCUAAAAUGUAUUGCAAGCACAUACAAUAAACGAUAUGUGUAUAUAUCUAAUGGAAAUAAAAUAUGGACACUGACAUUCUCUCCAGAUGUUUCACAUAAAACUCCACUUGUUCUCCUGCAUGGGUUUGGAGGAGGUGUUGGACUCUGGGCUCUCAAUUUUGAAGAUCUCUGUGAGAACAGGACCGUUCAUGCUUUUGACCUCUUGGGAUUUGGACAUAGCAGUAGACCACAGUUUCACACUGAUGCUCGGGAAGCAGAGAACCAGUUUGUGGAAUCCAUAGAAGAAUGGAGAAAGGCGAUGGAGAUAGAAAAAAUGAUUUUACUUGGACACAACCUAGGUGGAUUCCUGGCUGCUGCUUACUCAUUAAAAUACCCAUCAAGGGUCAAACAUCUUAUCUUAGUGGAGCCGUGGGGUUUUCCAGAGAGGCCUGACAAUGCUGAACACGAGAGACCGAUUCCAAUCUGGAUCAAGGCACUAGGAGCUAUACUGAGUCCAUUUAACCCAUUAGCUGGUCUGAGGAUAGCAGGACCCUUUGGAUUAAGCCUUGUUCAACGUUUAAGACCAGAUUUCAAGCGAAAAUAUUCAUCAAUGUUUGAUGAUAACACUGUGGCUGAGUACAUCUAUCACUGCAAUGUACAGUCCCCUAGUGGUGAAACAGCUUUUAAGAACAUGACAAUUCCUUACGGAUGGGCAAAAAGACCGAUGCUGCAAAGGAUUUCACAGCUGGAUCAAGACAUUCCUAUCACUGUGGUCUAUGGAGCACGUUCGUGUAUAGAUGGGAAUUCUGGCAGUACUAUCCAGUCCCUGAGACCAAAUUCAUAUGUGAAGACAAUAGCUAUCCUUGGUGCAGGUCAUUACGUGUAUGCUGAUCAACCUGAAGACUUCAAUGAGAGAGUGAAAGAUAUCUGUGACUCCGUGGACUGACUGUCUUCUGUUCUUCAGAAAGUCAUACCAUAGGUAGCAUUGAAUAGCAAUACUCUCUAGGAAAUCACUAAAGAACAUGAAGCUAAUGGAAAAGGCUCUGUUUGCACACUGUUUCUUCUAAGAAGCCAUUUGCACACUUUAAACCACUGAGUGCCUUUUUUGGGGAGGGUAUAGGGAGAUUUGAGGCAAGCUUUGUACAGCUUUGUUUGAGAUUGGUCUGUAGAUUAUUGACCUGUCAUAUAUGAAAUUACAUGUAACUUUUAAAACUGGAAUUUUCUUCAAAAUUUGACUGAAUUUUGCACAUGCUGAACUCUCUAAAAAUGCUGAAUUCUCCACUAAGACAGAACACUGUACCGAUAUAGAUACAAUAUAUAAAUGCAAUUUGGUUUCUUUAUAGAGAUUUGUACUUUCUAGUUGAUGUUUCAUAGCAAGAGUAUGAAAUCGCUUCUACAUUUUAAAUAUUUUUGGAAUUCAGAACUCUGUAUACAGAGGAUGUGUUUUUAUUUUUUAUUAAUUGGAGUGAUAACAGCUUAUGAAGCUGAUUUUGGGAGAGGGACAGGUUGAAAAUGAUGAGCAGUGUCUAUCACUGAAAGUUGUGUGCUAGUUUGUAAAGGAACUGGGGUUCCAGGUUAGGAAGUCUGGUGGAUUUUCUUUCCAUUUAUCUCAAGACAUCUUUUUUCAUCUGUGCAGUUUUUACAGAAGGCUCCGUUUGUAAGAGUUAAUGAUGUCACCAGCACUCAUGCUUCCAUAAAUAUUUUUAUAUGUAGAUUUGAGUGAUUUAAAAUAGAGAAGAUGGCUUGUUAGUUGCUUCAUCUAUUUUUAACGCUUUACUGCAAGAUUUGUUACUAGCCUAAACCUAACAAUUAUAUGUAAGUUGGCAAGAUUUUGACUAGGGCUAGGGAAUGGCAUCUGGAGAGUGAGCAUAAUUCCCUUUUUCUUCAGCUAGAGAACCUAGUCCACUUCUUAGUAAAUUCAGGGCAGAGAAGAGGCAGACGGAGAAUACUGAUAUUCUCUAACUGAGAGCUACAAUAGGUUAAUAUAUUUUAAUAAACAUGCAGCCUCCUUAUAGGAAGGAUUAUUACUGAAAUGAACAAUGCCACUCUAAUGGAUUAUUAUUAUUAUAAUUAUACAUUUUGGAGAUUCUUUAUAUAAUUAUAUAUUUUAAUUUAGUAUUUCAGUAUCAGCGAUAAUCCGAUCUCUGCAUCUUCUUGAAAUUGUAGGGUGAUGCUAGUUCUUCACAUGCUUAGUAAAUUAUAUUAAGCAAAAUACUUUGUCACUUUAAAGCCAAAUUAUGUGGUCAUUUGUUUUUUUAACAAGUUUACAUAAAACUGUUGAUUUGCUUUUGAAUAUUAAAUUGACUACUGAAGAGUUCUUAAUACUUUUACAAGACAAGUUGAAUUAAUGACAGCACCAUCUUAAAGCUUUGGGGGAAUUCUGUGUGUUUUUUUCUCAAAUUAGUAAAUUGUUGCACAUAUUGAUGAUGUGGAAGGUAAAGAUAACUGAAAUACGCAGGAAUUACUCUGAUGGUGUUCCCAGCCAAACAUAAUCUCUCUAUUUCUGAAGGAGUUAUUUAUCUAUAUGGUGCUAUGUAAACAUCAAAUAGUCUUUGUGAUUGCCUUUACUGGUAGCACUUAAUACAUAACAAGCUAAGGAUUUUAAUUAAAAUUGAAUUAAGUUACUUUUUCACUUAGCAGAUGACCAAAUUUUAAACAAAACUUUGGGAAAUUUUCUGAAAUCUUGAGUUCAAACUGGAAAAUCAGAAUAGCGAUUCUGUUUUUUAAUAUAAGCUAUAAAUUGUCAGUCACGACACCAUUUAGAUGGAUGCCUUCUGUAUGUAUUUUUUCACCCUUUUCAGUGUCUAAUUUGUGUUUAUCAACUUUGGCCAUUCUUUCAAUUUUUUGUAAAAACCAAAUGCAGAAAUAUAUUUUGUAGUGUCCUCCAAAUAUGAAAAGGUCAAACAAACUAUUGGUAUUUUCAGAUAGCACUUACUGAUGGGAACUCUAGAUUCCACAUCAAAAGACAGAAGGAGGGAUAAAAAUUGUACACUGAAUGUGAAUAUUGUUUUAAAUAUCCCUUGCUUUUUCAGCUUAUUGUAUUAAUAAGAUUUAUUGCUUAAGUUUUGCACAAAAAAAAAUAAAUAUUAUAUUUGAGUAAUAUUAAGACGUGUUACUUUUGUAAAAAUUGGGUGUAACUAAGCCCUGAGAAUCAAGAGUAAUUAAGUUGAGCUGAACUAUCCAAAAUACAUUAAAAUUACAGCAGUACUUGUUUGCAAGUGUCUCAAGGUCUUUAGCUUUUCUUGUGUUUAGCUGAAAGUGGAAAGCAUUUGCUAACAAGUAGCUGCAAGCUCAGAAUGCUGGUUUUAUAUAGAAAGAAAGUGUUUGUUAGUUAUCUUCCAGGCAGUGUUAGAUACUCCUGUGAAGGUCAAGAUGGAAUUCUGAAUAUCCCAUUGUGUGCAACAUAACCCAAAAGUUACUUUAAUAAACAUCCUAAGAGGUGUCUAACAGCAAAUGAAAAGCUGAUACUGAAAAGCCUUGGGAGCUAGAACUUUUGUGAACAACUGUUGCUGUCUAGGAAUAAGCUCAGUUUCUGCAGAAGUUCUGUCACAGUGUGAUGACCUGUUCCUUAAAUGUGCUGUGGUGAGCACUGAACACUGAUGGUGCUAUUUUUAUUACUGUGCUACAAAAUAAGGCAAGAGUCACAGGCACAAAGGCACCCAAAGAGCUAUCCUGUAGCAUCAAAGUGAAGACAGUACCAGAGGCUAAGCCAUAACAAAAAGAAGCCAAAAUAUUAAUAAAAAUCCAUGAUUAGCAGUCUGAGUCUUCAGGACAUGCUCUUCUUCCUGCAGUUGUUGUGAUAAAAUUUUAUUAAAGUAACUUAGUAAUAUUUUAUUUGCGUGGCUGAGUUCAUCGUGUUACUUAUUGAACCCUGCUAGAUUAGAUUUUAGUUCUGAAAAACUGAUUUUCAGGGAAGUAACUUAUUGAUAAGAUUCUAUAAUAAAACAUUCACAACCAUCACAA